UACUUACUGUAUGUUUGACUGGAGUGGUUUUGAUUGACAGGUGAUCGAUCCACUCCUGAAUGUUCCUCAGACAUGGGUCUGAACUGAGGCCUACAGUCCCACCUGGUGUUUUUGUUUAGUUACGGUUUGACAUAAUGAACAGGACCCAGCCGCGAGUUGCUAAGGCCUCCACAGCAACGACAGAGAGAAACAGACAACAACACAGCACUGUGUUGUAGAAUAGAAACACAUGAACUUGAAGGAACUGUACAGGGUUAUUUGCUGUAUAAAGUGAUAUGAUGCUUUGCCACUAACCAGGGCCGUAUUCACUAGGCACCAAAUGGAAGAAAAGAGUCUGACACAGGGACGGACAAGGUGAAGUUGUUCAAUAAGAAAGGCUUGUUUUGGGUAUCCGUUGCAAAACAUUUUGCUAGGAUGUGCACUAAUGACUACAACCCAGCUCUAUGAGGGCUGGAGUGAUACCGGGGCAUCCCACAAUGCACUAAGAACAGUGACUAUAGAAGAUAAGUGACAUCAAGACUGGAUGGGCUGAAACGUCUUGACAAAGAGACUGACAAGUUGGAGCAUUUAGCUCAACGCAGGGUACUUGUGAUAUUAACGUUAUUUAUUCGUAUUCUUAUCCAAAGAACUUGACACUAACUCUCUGCAAUACAAAGUGACGUUCAGUGUUGUUGGGAUGAUGAGCUGUCUAAAAUCAGAGAUUUAUGUGAGAGGUGGUAAUGAAAGAAAUGUGUGUCUCAAAUGGCACACUAUUCCCUAUAUAGUGCACAAAGUAGUUCUCUAUGCAUGGAAUGGUAAUGAUAGAUAGCCUGUCUCCACUGACUGCAAUACUAAAAGGAGGUCUGUCUGUAAAUGAGACGUGUUCAGAAAUGACUGGACCAAUACCAAUUUACUUCAAAUGACCUCUAAUCUCUUACCAUCUUCAGAUUCAGAUACGUUUUAUUAGCAUGAAUGACAAAGCCACUGUUGCAAAAGUGAAGUGAGAUAAUGUAAUCAACAAUAACAGUAAUAAUAAUAAUAAUAAUAAUAAUAAUGAUAAUAAUAAUAGAGAAUAAUAAAUAAUUAAUAACAUUGGAGAAUAAUCUUCAAUAUUAUGUACAUGUUUGGGAUUCAUUCAUGUAUUGUAUGCUGUUCCUGAAAUCCAAAAAACGAUUGCUUAUACAGCUUUAAUUCUUUUUUGUUACUCCAAAACUAUAAUAUGAAAUAUUUUACUAUAAAACUGUAAAAUACAAUUGUACAACGUAAACUUCAAAUGUAUGUUUGUCAUAACUGAGAAUGUGUAGUCAAGCUAUUAAAUGUCACCAGUGUAUGUUGGUGUUUACGUGAUACAAAGCUGACCUGUGUGCUUCAGCAUUUCAGUUACAUGUGGUUUUAUUUUAACUUGACUUGUACCGUUUCAAAUUCUCUCAUUUGGCAGUCAUUUGAUUAGCCGUUAGUAAGAGGUUGGUCAACUUAAAGGGAUAGUUCCUAAAACACACCAACUUGGCUGCUGACAUGCUCACUUUUUUGGGAAUGUGUUAAAGGGAUAGUUCACCCUAAUUACAAUACAACAUAUUGGUUUCCUUACCCUGUUAGCAGUCUAUGGACAAGGUAUGACAGUAAUCACUGCUUUGGUUUUGUUUACAUGGUCACUGUUUCCACUGUUGGCACAAAUUCAAUGCAAGUCAAUGGUACCGAUAUAAGCAUUUUUCACGCUUCAUGUCCAAAUCAUCUAUAAGUAACUUCCCUGAGCUACACAAUCAAUUUGAGAUACUUUAGGAUGAUUUGGUUACAAAGCGAAAAAUUGCUAAUAUCAGUACCUUUCACUUACAUUUGGAUUUGUGCUACACAUGCUAAAAAGUUAGGAUUUGGAGACAGUGACCAGGUAAACAAAACCCAAGCAUGGAUUGCUGUCAUGCCUUGUCCAUAGACUGCUAACAGGAUAAGGAAACCAAUAGCCUGUAUGCCAUUUUGUAAUUUGGGUGAACUAUCCCUAACAGUGGACUAAUGAACAAAAUACUAAACUGUUCAUUUAAGACUAUACCUUUAAGGUGGGGUGAAAAGGAUGAUAAAAAGCCACUCCAUUAUUUGUAUCACUGAACAGGAACCCCAGUAUUGAUUACGUCAACAGAAACAGACACACACAGGUUCCGGAUGGAGGCUGGGGGGUGCACAGACUAGACCAGUCAGUAUGGGGGGGCAGAAUGUAUGGGGAGACCCAUUGGGGACAUUAAGGUUUAGGAGGUUUAGACCUAUUAUCAAAUGUAUUGAAUAGCAUCUGCUUGAUAGUGUACUGUACACAGAUAUAUCACAAGUCAACACUGACAUUCUCACAGAAUUAUAUGCAGACAUUUACAAUAAAAAGCAUGUUAUGUGGAGUGGACAUCAAAAUCUCAUAAACUGAAACGUCAUUCAGGACAUAAUAUUUUUCUUGACCAACUCCGCCCUCUGGUGGUGAUUAUUUAACAGUAUCCUACCUGGCUGUCAUCGGGUCACAGAUUACCUAAAAUUAUCUGUCUGGAUUUCGCCUAUCGGAUAGGAUUAAAUGCAUAGAAGUAUAAUGAAUAGAACGGGUGUCUCCAUUCAAGUCAAUGAUUCGUCCUUUCUAUUCAAUAUAUUUGUAUGCAUUUAAUCCUGUCUGCUGUUUAUAGGUUUUCCCGCCCGCGCUAGUGUAUCUAUGUCAACCUCCUCCAACUCGCAACAUCCAGUUGUCCUCGCGCUCUACUGAUUUUGUGAUGUCACGCACGCACUGCUUGCGAGAGCUCUCAGCGCAGUGGAGGUUCUCGCCUGGGUGAUGGCGCCGUCCGCUUCGGUGUUCAAGUCGGGUUUUCAACCUCACGACAACAAACUUCCGAUGGAAAGUGUCCUUCCCGACCCGGAGCAGCUUCUGCUGUUCUUGAGAAAACUCAAAGAGGUGUUCGACGUGUGCGACGAGGAUUCAGAUGGUUACAUUCGCGUGGGGCAUUUCGUAGACCUCGGUUCACAGUUCGGCCAAGGAGACGAGGUGAAGAAGUUGGCCAAAUUCUUGGACCCCAAUGCCCAGGGCAGGAUCAACUUCAAGGACUUCUGCCAUGGAGUGCUGGCUAUCAAAGGCUGUGAGGGGAUCCUGAAGACCACAUUGAGAGCUCGCAGUAUCACUCGGCGUCCAUAUGAGACCGACAACGGUUACUAUUACCAGCGUGGUGACAAAGCCCUUGCCCAUCCGAUCAUCAUGUGCACGCGGUUGUCCCCUAACCCUGAGCCAGGGUGCCAUCUAUUCCCAGAGGGAGAGGAGGAAGGAGAGGUGGAGGGCAGAGAGAGGGCAGAGUUAGACAUGGACAGUGCUGUGGAGAGUAACCUGGGAUCAGAUGUCUCUGAAGGGGGGAGGAACGGAGGAGACAAGGAGGAUGGACUGGGGGCACUCUUCUUUCCUGGGGACAAGUGCAGUCAGCUAAACCCAUCGGUGACCUCUGACCUAUCGACGCGUUCCUCUGCCUCUCUGAACGAGGAGCAGUUUGAGGACUACGGAGAGGGAGAGGACGUGGACUACACUCCCAGCAGCCCCUGCCCCGAGGACGAGACGCGCACCAACGGCUACUCUGACCUGGGCUCCUCUGUACCCUCCAGUGCUGGCCAGACCCCCAGGAAGACACGCCACAUGUACAACAAUGAGAUGAUGGAUGUGUACUGCUCCCAGUGCUGUAAGAAGGUCAACCUACUCAACGACCUGGAGGCCAGGCUGAAGAACCUCAAGGCCAACAGCCCCAAUAGGAAAAUCUCCAGCACAGCCUUUGGCAGGCAGCUCCUCCACACCAGUAACUUCAGCAGCAGCAACGGCAGCACGGAGGACCUGUUCCGAGACAGCAUCGACUCCUGUGACAUCGACAUCACUGAGAAGGUGAGUUACCUAGAGAAGAAAGUAGCAGAGUUGGAGAAUGACACUCUGAUGAAUGGAGAUCUCAAGUCCAAGCUGAAGCAGGAGAACACACAGCUGGUUCACAGGGUCCACGAGUUGGAGGAGCAGUUGAAGGACCAGGAGGCGCGGGCAGAGCAGAACACAGAGGAAGAGCAGAGACGACACCGUGAGGCCUACAGCAAGAUGGAGAGGGACAAGAACACUGAGAUAGAGCUGCUACACAACCGAGUCCAGUUGCUAGAGGAGGAGAACGGAUAUAUAUCGGUGAACAUGUGCAGACUGAAGUCUCAGACAGAGAAACUGGACGAGGAGAAGCAGCGUAUGACAGACAAGCUGGAGGACACCAGUCUGAGGCUGAAGGAUGAGAUGGACCUCUACAGGAAGAUGAUGGACAAGCUGAGACAGAACAGACAUGAGUUCCAGAAGGAGAGGGAGGCCAUGCAGGAGUUGAUUGAGGACCUUCGUCGGGAGCUGGAGCACCUGCAGCUGUUCAAGCUGGAGACAGAGAAGCCUGGCCGCGGCCGCAGCUCCUCCUCUGGGCUGACGGAGUUCAACGCCAAGACCAGAGAGAUGGAGCUGGAGCACGAGGUCAAGAGACUCAAACAGCGGUUUGUCUCGCAGAACUUUCCUCUGACCUCUGACCUCCACCACCUCGUAGUAUCCGCUGGGGCACGCCUCCGUCACGGUCAGACGGAGAACCUGAAGCUAAGGGAACAGAACGACGACCUGAAUGGUCAGAUCCUCAGUCUGAGUCUGUAUGAGGCUAAGAACCUGUUCGCCACCCAGACCAAGGCCCAGUCGCUGGCUGCCGAGAUAGACAACGCCUCACGAGACGACUUGAUGGAGGCCCUCAAGGAGCAGGAGGAGAUCAACUUCCGUCUGCGGCAGUACAUGGACAAGAUCAUUUUGUCUAUCCUGGACCACAACCCCUCCAUCUUGGAGAUCAAGACCAACUAGAACCCCUCUACUAGUAACCCACUACUAAAACCCCCUAAGGGAAUGGGGAACGGGAAAGGGAAAGGAAGACUAGCCACGCUGGGGCAUGGGACAGCUAGACAUCAUUGCCCCCUGCUGCCCCAGGGGUGGAACUGUGAACUUGGGUGUAUUCAUUAGGCACAAAACAGAAGAAAACAGACUAAAACUGGGCGGUACUACCUGGACUUGUCCAAUUAGAAACACUUGUUUUUGUGUUCUGUUUGAAAUGUUUUGCUAUGGUGUGCCCUAAUGAAUAUGACCCUGUUUUCUAAAGCAACUGGAGCUAUAGGGGAUUUUGUUGACUACUAAAGGGAGUUUUGGUACUUCACCGUCAUACUUCUGUUCUAUUCUGUGACUCGUCAACAGAUGUUGAUAUCUCCCUCAUUUCUCCUUCUAUUUUCUCUAUUGUUUCCUCACAGCCUCAUCUUUAGUCUUAAAAACAAUUGAGAUGAAGUAUUACUGGGAAAAAACAUUAUACUGGGCAGGUGCUUUGAAUAUUAAGGGAAUUACAGGUUGUUGAACACUGGAUAUACAUACUCUAGUGGAGUGUGUAGAAACAAUGUGAACACAAACCUAUUGAUCUGCAACAGCAUGCGUUGUAGCCAUAGGGGAAGAAAGGAACGGAGAGAGACAGGCAGAUAGACAAACAGAGAUCUGUAGCUCCCAGACAACCCUAUCCCCACUGUUUCCAUCAAGUUGAUCUGUGUUUGAUCGCUGAAGACAGGUAUGUGGGCAGAGGCACGUUGAUGAAGAAAGUAAAGCAGCACGUGUUUCUGUGCGUAAGAAGAGUGACAGAAAGAGAUGAAAGGAGGGAGAGGAGAGAGAAAGUAUUGUACAAGCAUCUCCAUGUCAAAAGAUAAGGUGUUGACUAAAGAUGAUAUCAGCCAUGUAAAUUGAUAAUGAGAGGCAGCAGAACGUGGUGUGAUGGAAUGCUUUCAGGAGGAUGGAAUGGUUUAGUGAAGUCAAAGAAGGAACAUGUGAAGUGUAUCGGUCAGUAAAGUACAGAGGAAGAUAAGAGAAGAAUGCCUUCCUAGGGAACUCUGAGAUUACGGUACAGUAUGAUCUGUGUAGAGUAAUACUGUAUGAUAAAUCCAUAUAGUAAAUCCUUAACUCACACAGUGAGUUGUUCAUUGGCUGGUUGAGAAUUUCAGGAUGCCAAUUCAUCUUAAUCAUGGGUCCCCAUUAAUUAAUUUCUACUCAGACAUUCUGUAGUAAGUCUGUCUAAAUAAGUUGGUUAGACCUGGGAUAUCUGCUAUGAAGGAUGUCCCAUUGCAUAGUGCUGCUAUAGCUACCCACAUAAAAAAAUACUAUAGUAUACUAUGGUAUAAAUACUAUAGUAUUCACUGUAGGGUUUUUGUGGAUUUUACUGUAGUAUUCACUGCAGUGAAUACACUUCUCUGUUUCUUCUGUAGUAUUUAUUGUAGUAUUUACAGUUAACUAUAGUAUAAAUACUGUAAUAAAAGAAAACUGUAGUAUAUACUAUAGUAAUAAUGUAGUGUUUUUGCAGAUUGUAGUAUUUUUGGAGACAUUAAUGUAGUAUUUACUACAGAGUUUUUGUUAUUUUUUAUCUUUGACAUAGAAAUUGAGAAUUUCUCCUUCAGGAAAC